AUGGCCUCGGAGCAAGAAACAAUUUCCGCGACCACAGCAGUCCUUACCGCGAAGUUAUCAGACCCCGCCACUAAAUCUUCUCUUACAACUACAAAGUACCCCGAAUCCGAUAAUACCAGAGCAAAGACUUUGAAACGAAGUCGGCCGGACCAAACACAAUCUCCCACAAAUCUUGCAUCAAUCGCGAACGCGGGGCUGGUUGUUUCGCCCGCAAAAGCACCGCGAUUCGGCGGCACAUUCUCUCCCGCAUUUCCUGUUGUACCGCUCACUGGGGCAGUGGCCUUCGAAGACGAACGACGGGAAAGAGAAGAAGCCCAAAAAAACCAAACCAGUGCCAUGAACAAGAAUCCUGGUCAUGAGGCUAUCACGUCUCUUUUAGCCGGAGGAGGAGUUGGCAUGAGUAAAGCGCACGACGCUCCGGUCGCUACAGCUACUAUGAGCGAGGGAUUGGCCGUAGCUGUUAAUGCACUAACGAUACCAACGACUGUGCCAUUUGAUGAAAGGUCCGAAACUAGCCCAGCGAGCGUGACAAGUCUUGCAAGCUUGGGUAGUACAGCACAAACUGCAACUGCGAGUCCUACAAUUGUCGCGAGUCCAGCUACUAUGACGAAUGCUUUAGAAUCCGAGAAUCGAGAUACGCGAUCAGGUCUCAGCCAACUUCAAGCUGCCAUGGAUGAGCACCCACCGCAUAAGUCAAUGUCAUACCCAGGCAACCUGGGACAAUUAGAUCCAUCGCAGUAUCCCACACGAGGGAUGAGCUUGCCUAUGCCUUAUCAAAACCUGCAACUUGCGCCAAGGUCACCUUCUCAAAAGAAACAUAAAUGCCCUUAUUGCGAGACCGAGUUUACUCGGCACCAUAAUCUGAAAAGUCAUCUCCUAACACAUAGUCAAGAAAAACCUUACGUGUGCCAGACCUGUCAAAUGAGGUUCCGUAGGUUACACGACUUGAAGCGCCACAUGAAACUACACACAGGAGAGCGCCCUCAUAUUUGCCCAAAAUGCGAUCGAAAGUUCGCGCGCGGAGAUGCACUUGCCCGUCAUAGCAAAGGCCUCGGCGGUUGCGCCGGAAGGAGGGCGAGUAUGGGAAGCUUUGGCGGGGACGACGAUUUUGAUGGUUCUCAUGUAGGAGAAGCCGAUGAGAGUGGAAUGGAUGGAAUCAUGUAUACGAAUGGUAAUCCCCAUCCCAACGAAGUAGAAAUGUCCGAGGAAGAUGGCCGACGGUUUAGUCUGCCCAGUAUCAAAGCACAGCAUGUAGCCGGUAAUGCUGGUAGCCAGGAUAGUUACAAUUCACACUCGCGCACUCCAAGCACCUAUCCUCCUGCCGGUCCAAGAUCGAAUCCUCCCACCGGACUUUAUCCUCCGGGUACGGAUCGUGUGGGUUCUUCUAGUUCGGCUACAUCACCUAAUAUGCAGAACAGUGCUAUUGGCGUCCACACGCCGAAUAACAGCUUAUCAAUGCCACUCAAUACAAGUGGCUCAAUGUUCUCCCAAAGUGGUAUGACCGAAAGUCCCAAACCACUCAGUCCAGCUGGUAUGCAUUCGCACCAGCUUGGUCAUGACUCCGCCUCAAUCACUAGACAACGAUCACCUAGUUUGACCACUCAGUUUCAGCAACAACAUUUCGGCCGUCAUCAAUCUGGAAGGAGCCCACCGCCUGGAAUGUCUUUACCGUCGCCACACAGCGCACAGGGGCCGAAACUUCCAGCUCUUACUGGUUUAGCCCCUCCCGAUACGAGAUUUACUUUGAACAGUCAAUUAUCCAACCAACAGAGCCCAGGGAAUGGUCAGCAAGGCUCUCAACAGCAGCAAUUAAUACAGCAGUCCACAUCUCCUACUUCCCUGUUUCAACCUUCCAAUUCCCUUCAAAAUCGAGGUCCACCAAGCCAUCAAGGCAGUGGUGAUAAUAGUAACAAUUUGUUUGCCUCUGGCGCCUCGGGCGUUUGGGCGUACGUUAAUACAAUGGAGGAGAAGCUCAAGCUGUUUUCUGAUAAAGUACUCGCCAUGGAAGCUAAGGAUAAAAACCAAGAAGAUAAGAUCAAGGCACAGGAUGAGAAGGUGAAUCAAUUGUCAGAAGAGCUUGUUUCUCUUCGUAGACAACUAAGUUCUCAAAAUCAAAGUCAGCAACCGAGGACAUCGUAA